CUUUGCUUGCACAGUUGUGCUUCCUUGCGCCAGGGCGGGUGAUCGGAGUUGAUACAUUCACGCACUCUCUCGUGCAACAAUUUUGUCAGAGAUUCGAGCGAGUGAUUGCGCAAGGCCCGUAUUGACAAUAUGGAGGCUGGACCAUCUCUACCUCAUAAUGUUCUCGGAGUUCAUGAUACCUUGCGGUUUGGUCUACCGACUUUCAAAUCCGACGCGUUACCCGCUCAUCCAGCACAAGUAAUUCAGGAAUCGAACGAAAAGUAUCAAGCGAACACGAAGCGCUUCCUGAUGGAGAAGGCGUAUGGAACAGCUCUUCCCUUUCAGAUGCAGAUGGAGCAACAAAUAUUAUCGAAGUUCCAGCGGCCCCCAGGUCUAUUGCCAUCUUCCAUGCUUGGCCUAGAAUCUUUGACUGGUGCUCUGGAUGAAAUGGGUUUUGAGGACUCCUUUGGGAAUCCUUUGGAGUCGGAAUCUUAUGUUCCCGUCGACAUGCACCACGCCAUGGAAGUGCGAUUGGGUCUCGCUAAAGGCCCUGCUUCGCGUUCCUUCUUUUGAUUGCGUGUAUCUAGCUUCUGCUUUACCUUAGGAUAGAUAGCGUUGCGAGAAUUGAGUCCAGGUACGCUGAAUGCUACGCAUCGCAAUUUUUUGUGUGCAGAAGAGAAACAACAAUCACAGGUCAAAUCUAUGUUCUGUAUGAUUUAAUUGACUGUAAAUAAUCUGAUCAUACCGGGCAAUAUCUCCAACGUUUCAAGAGAGUUUCACUGAUGUGAUGAAACCCUUGGUUAAUUGCUUGUUUGUUUCAGUUCCCUAGUGGGACAAGGAAGGAAAUGACUAGAAGCAGCUUAUUCUAGUGCAUAUCACACUGAAAACAAAUGUCGAUUAGUGAACAUUAGGAGCUUCGUUCUC